AAACGGGUGGGGGGGCGCGAGUUGCGGGGGACGCUGACAGUUUCUGGAAGUUUCUUCCGCGCUCAGUAUUUAAAUUACACGAGCGGCAAUGCUGGUAGGUUAGAGAGGCAGCAGAGAGCCGUGUUGUUAGUAGUCGGUGCGUAAACGUCAUUUGUAACUUGACAGGAUUAAACAGAUACCUUGUAAAUAUUACCUUGAAUAAGUAAAAAUGUCAGUGGUCGGGUUUGAUAUUGGAAUGCAAAAUUGUUACAUCGCCAUCGCUAGAGCGGGAGGCAUCGAGACCAUUGCCAAUGAGUACAGCGACCGAUGUACCCCCUCAGUUGUAUCUUUUGGCUGUAAGAACAGGGCAGUUGGAAUUGCAGCUAAAAGUCAGCUUAUCACAAAUGCCAAGAACACUAUAAUAAACUUCAAAAGGUUCCAUGGUCGAGCAUUUAAUGAUCCUUUUAUUCAAAAUCAGAAAAAUAAACUAGCUUUUGACCUUGUGCCGAUGGAAACUGGUGUGGGAAUUAAGGUUAUGUACAUGAAUAAAGAACAGCAUUUCACUGCAGAACAGAUAACAGCUAUGUUGCUGACCAAACUGAAGGAGACUGCUGAAAGUAAUCUGAAAAAGGCUGUAUCUGAUUGUGUCAUUUCUGUACCCUCCUUUUUUACCAAUGCAGAACGGAGUUCAAUACUAAAAGCUGCUCGUAUUGCUGACUUGAAUUGCCUAAGGUUAAUGAAUGAUACUACUGCAGCAUGUCUGGCAUAUGGAAUCUACAACCCAGAUCUUCCAGCCCCUGAGGAAAAGCCAAAUAUUGUGGUAUUUGCAGAUAUGGGUUAUUCUGCAUUCCAGGUUUCUGCCUGUGCUUUACAUAAGGGAAGUCUGAAGGUGCUUGCCACAGCCUUCGACCCACAUUUGGGAGGUCAAGACUUCGAUGAAGUAUUAGUGAAGUAUUUUUGUGCAGAGUUUAAAACCAAGUACAAAUUAGAUGUAAAGUCUAACAUCCGAGCUUUGUUACGACUCUAUCAAGAGUGUGAAAAACUGAAGAAACUCAUGAGUGCUAACUCCAUGGAUACUCCUUUAAACAUUGAAUGCUUCAUGAAUGAUAUGGAUGUAGCUGGAAAGAUGAAUCGAGCUCACUUUGAGGAAUUAUGUGCGAGCCUGCUACAAAGAGUUGAGGCAACUCUUCAGUCAGUUAUGGAUCAAACACAGCUGAGACUUGCAGAUGUCAGUGCAGUUGAAAUAAUUGGUGGUUCCACGCGUAUACCUGCAGUUAAAGAAAGGAUAGCAAAAUUCUUUGGAAAGGUUGCCAGCACCAGACUCAAUGCAGAUGAAGCAGUUGCCAGAGGUUGUGCUUUGCAGUGUGCAAUACUUUCUCCAGCUUUUAAAGUACGUGAAUUCUCCAUCACCGAUGUAGUACCAUUCCCAAUUUCUCUGAAGUGGAGUACAGAAGCAGAUGAAGUAGAAGGGAUUCAUGAAGUAUAUCCGAAAAACCACGCAGCCCCCUUUUCAAAGCUCCUCACCUUUUACAGAAAAAGUCCAUUUGAAUUAGAAGCUUUCUACAGCAAUCCAAAAUCACUUCCUUAUUCUGAACCAAGAAUAGGACAGUUUAUUAUCCAUGAUGUAGUACCUCAAGCAAAUGGUGAAAAGUCCAAAGUGAAGGUGAAAGUAUGUGUCAAUGAUCAUGGAAUCUUCAGUGUUUCGACAGCAUCUUUGAUUGAGAAGGUGCAAGUUGCAGAGAAUGACUCUACUAUGGAAACAAAUCUGUGUCCCUUCACACCUGAUCGUAAUGUAGAGAAUAUUGGUGAGAAUAAGAAUCAGUUGGACAGUUGUAAGAUUGAAGUUCAGCCCCAAGUACAACUAGAUGAUCAAGGGUCUCCACAAACUCCCUCUUCCACUGAAAUGGACCAAGAAGAAAAUAAAGCUGGAAAUGCUGAAACUAACUGCAAAUCUAAUAUUGAAAAGAAAUUAAAUCAGCCUCCUGAUCCAAAAAAGCCAAAAAUUAAACUCAAGACUGUUACUCUUCCUAUUGAAGCUAAAAUGGUGUGGCGGUUUGGGAAGAAUCUACUUAACAUGUAUUUUGAAAAGGAGGGGGAUAUGAUCAUGCAGGACAAGUUAGAAAAAGAGAGAAGUUAUGCCAAAAAUGCUGUGGAAGAAUACCUAUAUGACUUGAGAGAGAAACUUUAUGGGCAAUUUGAAAAAUAUGUCAGUUCCAAGGAUCAAAAAAGCCUUUUGGUGCUAUUGUCUGAGACAGAAAAUUGGUUGUACGAAGAUGGUGAAGAUCAAGUUAAACAAGUAUAUAUUGAUAAGUUGUUGGAACUAAAGAACUUAGGUACACCAAUUCAAGAAAGAUAUCUGGAAGCUGAAGGACGACCAAAAGCUUUUGAUGAGCUUAGUCAAAGACUACAGUAUUAUGCAAAACUGGCAGGGGAAUCCAGGAGUAAAGUUGGAAACCAUAACCACAUAGAGGCUGCUGAAAUAGAUAAAGUGGAAAAGUCAGUGAAUGAAACAAUGGAAUGGAUGAAUACUGCAAUGGACGCCCAGGCCAAACUAAGUUUUGACCAGGAUCCUAUUGUACAUGUGGCUGAAAUUAAAGAUAAACAAAAGGAGCUGGACAACAUCUGCAAUCCACUAAUAACUAGACCUAAGCCCAAGGCAGACAAUCCUAAAGAAAAACAAUCAAUGAAUAUGAAGGUAAAUUCUAAAAAUGAAGGAGAGCCAAUGGAGAAUGAAAAUCUUACCAAGGAUACUGAAAUCUAUUCCCAAAAUGGUGAAUGCACAACAAACAUGGACAUGGAUUAAACUGUGAAGAUUUAAAGGGAAUGCUUUUUUUUCUGUCUAUCACUUAAAGGCCCAGGCACAUUAAUUUAUAAAAAAAAAACUUCUCCAGUUUACAUCUUCAGUAUCUAAGUGAAGAGUUCAGUAUAAUGUGUCGGUAAAGUACUAAAUUAAAUGUAAGAUUCCUGUGGAAUUGUAAAUUUCUGUUAAGUCGCCAACAGAGCAUGAUGCAAUAUACUUUGAGUUAAUCUUGCUUAUUUUGAUGGAGCUUAUCCAAACGUGAAGCAUAUACUAUUUCAGCAGUACUUGGGCAUGUAUAAAUGGUUAUAAUUUAGAGGUUUUUGUGCAGUAUUAAGGCUAUAAUAGGAUUCACAUUCAAAGAAUACAUUGAGCUGGGCAAGUUGUGUAUAUCUUUCUACUGAUAAAUAAACUUUUCAAUCUG